AUGGUUCCAGUUGGUGGAAUCCUAUGCGGCCUGAGCGCCGCCGCGCUCUAUCUUUUCGGCAGGAGCAGCGGAAGGGAUGCUGAAGCUUUGAAGUCCGUAACUCGAGUGAAUCAGUUGAAAGACUUGCCUCAAUUAUUGGACGCUGCAAGCAAAAUGUUUCCUUUGGUUGUUGUAUCUGGGAAGGUCGGUUCAGAUACUCCAAUUAGUUGCGAACACAGUAGUCUACAAGGCGUAAUUAUGGAGCAAACGUCUGAGCAGUACUUUCUGAAACACAAUGAUGCUGGAUCUUGGAUACAAGAUUCAGCUUUGAUGCUCUCUAAGUGCAAAGAAGUCCCAUGGUACCUUGAUGAUGGUACUGGUCGUGUGCAUGUUGUUGGAGCACGUGAUGCCACAGGCUUGGUUCUAACAGUAGGAAGUGAAGUAUUUGAAGAGUCUGGCCGAUCCCUAGUGCGUGGGACCUUAGAUUACCUCCAAGGACUAAAGAUGCUUGGAGUCAAGACAACUGAAAGGGUUCUUCCAACUAGAAAAUCAUUGACGGUUGUUGGUGAGGCUGUUAAAGAUGGCACUGGUCCCAUCCGAAUCCAACGACCGCAUAAAGGACCGUUUUAUGUCUCCGACAAAACUAUCGAUCAGCUUAUUGCAAAUCUUGGGAAAUGGUCAAGAUUGUACAAGUAUGCCUCGCUUGGGUUUACGGUUCUUGGAUUUUAUUUGCUGGCCAAGCAUGCCAUCCACUAUAUUAUGGAGAGAAGGCGCUACCGGGAAAUUAGAAAGAGGGUUCUUGCUGCUGCAGCUGCUAAAAGAGUUGGGCAAGACGAAGAAGGUCCAGACGACAAAGCUGAGAGUGGACCAGAUAGUACCAGUAAAGAUCGGAAGAUGCCUGAUUUAUGUGUGAUAUGUUUGGAGCAAGAGUACAAUUCAGUUUUCGUCCCGUGUGGUCAUAUGUGUUGCUGUAUGGUUUGCUCGUCUCACUUGACCGACUGCCCAUUAUGCCGAAGAAGGAUUGAUCAAGUCGUGAGGACCUAUCGGCACUGA